GUUGGUGCGCUCACUCUGGUGGUAUAAAACCUCUCUAAUUCCCUUGCCAGCGGCCGAAUUCCCAGCCCCUCUCUCUCUCCUCUCUCUCUCUCUCUCUCAUUUUCUAGAAGAAAGAAAGAAAGAAAGAAGAUGGCGAGCACCGAACCCGAGCACGAGCACAGAGAGGACGAGGAAGCUCCCGCCAACGAGGAUGAGGACACCGGCGCUCAGGUAGCCCCGAUCGUCAAGCUCGAGGAGGUCGCAGUCUCCACCGGAGAGGAGAACGAAGAGCCCAUCCUGGAUCUGAAAUCGAAGCUCUACCGUUUCGAUAAAGAUGGUAAUCAGUGGAAGGAGAGAGGCGCUGGUACCGUCAAGCUCCUCAAGCAUAAGGAGACCGCAAAGGUUCGCCUCGUUAUGAGACAGUCCAAGACCCUCAAGAUCUGCGCCAACCAUCUCGUUCUUCCGACAAUGUCGGUGCAGGAACACGCUGGAAACGAGAAGUCGUGUGUCUGGCACGCCACUGAUUUUGCCGAUGGUGAAUUGAAGGACGAGCUUUUCUGCAUUAGAUUUGCUUCUAUUGAGAAUUGCAAAUCCUUCAUGGAGAAGUUUCAAGAAGUUGCUGAAUCCCAAAAGAAGACAGAGGAAAACAAAGAUGCAUCUGUAGCUGCUGGGCUUCUUGAGAAGUUGAGCGUUGAAGAAAAGAAAACUGAGGAUAAAGCAGAGGAAGAGGUGCCCGUUGCAGCUGAAAAGGAAACUAAAAGUGAUUUAGAAAAAACUGAGAAGAAAGAUGAGGAGCCUGCUUCCUCCACUUGAAGAGGAUGUGAUUUUAAUGACAUUAAUACCUGGCAAUAUGAUGAGGUUGGUUGGCUGACCUUUUUCCCAUCCAUGUAUUAAACGAUGCAAUUUAUUGGAUUGUGAUUUAUGGGCA